GAGUUAGUUUUUGGUGCUUCAGUUGGUAGUCGCCAAUUUUUUUCGGAUUUUCAAAGCUAAAACUUUAAAUAAUUUACUAUUGCUUGUAGUAAAAUGUUAAUCUAGUAAUACAAUAAGUUUACUUUUAUCAUCUACGCGGUACAAUAAUACUAACUUAUAUCUAGGCUUAAAACCUAAUUUUUCAAGAUCGCUUAUUUGUGGUUCACUGUGCUGUGUUUAUCCCUCAUGCUGUGAUAUUUCAGCGUUAUUUUAGUUCUACAAUGGACAUCGACGUUAGUAAAGAAAACAUUCAACCACUGAGAGGUGGUAGAAACCUUGUGCAGUUGGGUACAGCGUUGCAAGCUCAGUCGGAUGUUGAAGCACAGAGACAGCUGCAAUUGCAAAAAGAGGAACAUGAAGCAGCUAUCAGACUCUAUCAAGGAACUGAUCCAUUGGAUCCAUGGUUCAACUACAUCCAAUGGGUUGAACAGUGCUAUCCUAAACAUGGACAUGAAGGGCAUAUUGACAAGUUAAUAAAAGACUGCCUACAGUUGUUUGAAAAUGAAAGGAAAUAUUAUCAAGAUAGAAGAUUUGUUAAGUUGUGGAUAAAAUAUGUUGAUUGUCUUUCUAACCCUUUGGAGAUAUACCAAAGGCUGUAUAACACUGGUAUUGGAGUAGAAUGCUCAGAGUUCUACCGUGCUUGGGCAUGCUACUGUGAGGAGUCUGGAGACUAUAAGAAAGCUAACCAGGUGUACAUGCUGGGUCUGCAGGCUAAGGCUCAACCGUUGGAUGAAUUGGAACAGGCGCAUAUGAACUUUCAACUAUUCUUUGCGCAAAGAAUGUUACACGAUGACUCUCCAACUAAAAGGAAGGCAGCAUCAGCUUUGGCUGAGACUAGGAUGGCUCUCACUUCCUUGAAGUCGUUCAAACGUCGUAACAUCGCCAAUGUGCCGAUACAGAGGGUUGGGGAGAGUGUAAGGAGUUCUGUACCUGGAGUGGUGAGGCAGCAGGCAGGCAACUAUGAUAACAGGCUGCCUAACUCCAAUGUCAUGGUCAAUGUGUAUGAGGAUGCUCCAUCAACAUCACAAGCUACUAUUCCUAUUGCUGAGGACCCAGGUCCAGCAUCUUUAGUUCAGGCAUGCAGUAAUGUUGAAAAUCAGAAAGAAGUUGGGAUAUGGACUAAUCCAAAAACUAAAAUGGUACAUUCUAAUGUUGUACCACAUCAACCUCUGCCAUUUACACCAUAUGAAGACGAGGAUGAUGUCUUAAGGCUUCCAGCAAAUCACAUGCCUUAUUGUGUGGAUGACUUAUCAUUUACUGUGCCUCUAUGUGUACCUGAUCCCCCAGAUUCAACGAAAAUUCCUUGUUAUAAUAAGUCACAGGUGUAUGUGAAUGAACAAGAAUACAGUUUAGAAGAAAUAAGAUCUAGAAAAUAUAAUUUAGAGAUAAAAGUGAAGACUGAAAAAACUGAAGUUACUGAAGUUCCACAGAAAUAUGAAAAUAUUAAUGAGACACUUGCCCAGUGCAGUGCUCUAGAAACAUUAGCUAACUGUGCCCUGGACACAGAACAAGAUCAUUUAGGACAACUGAUGCCUUUGACUAUGCCUACAUUACAAAACAUCACAAAAGUAACUAACAUGCAUUCACCUGGUGAACCUAAAGUGUUAGUUAACUUGGAUUCUAAGGAAUUCAGUGAGUUGACUGCUGCUAAGAAAGUUGAUGAAAAUUACAAACCAAGUUCAAGUAUGUCUGACAAAGAAAAUGACAUGCUUACUUCAAGUAACAAUUAUGGGAAUGAAAAUGCUGUACCUAAUUAUGGAAAAAACAACUUGAUGGAGGAAUUCAACAGAAGCUUGAUGGGUAACCUUUUAGGUGAUUCUGUAACAGUAAACACCAAAGAGGCCAGAUGGGAACUAAGAAACCUCUUUAAUGACAAUGAACCAUCAAUAGUCCAGCCUGUUGUACAACAAUUUGAAGUUCCUAAUUUUGACAUUCACGAGGAUAGGUCAAUUACAAUGGCUAUCAAUACUAAGAAGAAGCAGGAACUAACUGAAAUGAACGUGGUGCCUCAAGAUAAAGAAAAUGCUUCUAAAUUCCAAGCACCUGCACCUGCUGUGCAGCAAACUGUUAAUAAAACUGCAUACUAUGAAGAGCCCUCCUGUACACAAGUUUUUAAUUUCAAUAUAAAGGAUGCUAGUACACCAAACAUGUCUCAGUUCAAGAAACCAACCUCCUGCAUUGAUCAGUCGAGUAAAUUCCCAUCUAUGCCUAAAUUUUGUAUGGAUGAGAGUGCCAUAGAACAUCAGGAAGCUGGCCUUACCAAGAGGGACGAAAGUUCUAGACAACACGCAACUGAUCAACAUGCUACAGUAGCUAAUCAAGGAGAUGGACUCUCAGUAAUCAUGGAAGCUACAAGGGAAUAUAAUAGUUCUUCUGGACAAUCAACAAGAACCAACUUCACUGCCUACACAACUAACUAUGACUCUAUGUACAACAAUAAUGAUCCAUCACAACAGCCCACAACAUCAAAAAGGAGUUCUAUAUCUUCUCAGCCUAGGCAGCUUAAUGGACAGUUUGCCAGGAUCCAUCCUCAAAAGCGAGAAAUGCCGGAAAAUAAAGUUGCUGCGCCGUCAACUUCAGCUUACCCGUCGCAUGAUCAUCAAUACCAAAAGCCUAUGCCGCCGAAUUACAACGGCUACUCUCCUCAGCAAAGGUCGAUGCAUGCACACUACCAGCAGCAAAAUUAUAGUUACCAACAAAACUAUUCUAAUAACCAGAUGAUGAAUCAACAGCAACAGCAGGGCUAUGUGAGUCCUAGUUCUAAUGCUUACCACAGUCCCCAGCACACAGGCAUGCAAAGUCCUCAUGCCAUGGGAUCAAAUGUUGCUCCUGGCUUUCAAAGUCCUACUUACUCCAACCAAGUUGGUUACCAUAGUCCAGGACAUGCAAUGAUGAGCCCUCAACAAAAUUUCGCAAGCCGUCAGGAUUAUCAUUAUCCUAGUCAAACUGAUAGGCAGCAUAUUUAUGUCAAUCAGCAUCAACAACAGCAGCAGCAUCAGCAACACCAACAACAGCAUCAGCAUCAGCAACACCAGCAGCAGCAGCAACAACACCAACAGCAGCAGCAACAACAGCACCAACAGCAGCAACAACAGCUUCAACAGCAGCAACAACAAGCAGCUGUUUUUCAAAGUCCUCCACAUCAGACUCAGUAUCAAAAUCCUCAGUACUAUCAGCGACCUAGCCCUGCAGCGGCACCAGCCAACCAAGGUUACAACCAGCAGGGCUACCAUAUGCAUAAUCAGUACAAUAACGCUAAUAUGUACCCCAACCAUUCAAGUAACCAAAGUUAUAACACUAUGCAAAGUCAAUACAGACAGCAUCCUAAGCAAAUGGUUGAAAAUUCACCUGCUGGGUAUGGGGCUACUAACAACCAGUCGUUCCAAAUAUAUCAGAGUCCUCAAGCCGCUCAAAGUAACUACCGCAGUCCCGCGGCGCACGCUACUAACGUGACCGAGCAGUCUUCAGAGAUGCACUUGAUGCCGGACAAUGCUGCAGGAGGAGAUCACAAUGUAUCAAACAAAAAUAAUACUGGAUCUAAAAAUCCACAAACACAUAAAAGCCCUACAUCUGCACUCAGAAAUGUGAGACAUGACCAACCAAACCCAGUAAAAAUUGGUCAGAAAUCACCAGAUAUUGGUUUUUCAAACCAGUAUCUCAAUUUCAUUUCUAACAGAAAUGAACCAAAAGAUAAUGCUAAUACGCCUAAAUUCUCAAACAGUCCAAGCAUUUCUCAAAAAAUGCAUAAAAACUUGUAUGUGUCCAGUCCAGAGCAGGCACAAAUACCUCCUUCCUCUGGUAUGUCUGACUCAGACAGUAAGGAUGGCAUGACAGCACAAACAGGAACACCUAUUCAAUCUGCUAAGGUUUCACAAGCUGUUGACAAACAAAAAGAUAUUUCCAAGAGGCAGUUGGACUUUGAGCACAGAGUUGAAUUCCAAUCUGAAGAUAGCAGAGACUCUGUAAGCAAAGACAGUAGAAUUUCAGGAGUCUACUCUAGACAUUCUGAUGGAUAUGGAAUGGAUGUGGACAGUGAAAAUUCCAUGGAGUGUGCUGCAUUUAAAUCUACUCAUUCUAUAUCCUUAGUAGAGACCAGUGACAUACCUAGGCCAGCUGAUAUUGAAUUUCCUGCGUUAAUUGAUCCAUUCAGUAAAAAACUACUGAAUUCUCUGCUAGAAUAUGUUAAAUUUCCAAAUAAGACGCAUGCUGAUGGAUAUGUCGAGGUCAGAACCAUUCCCAAAGUGCAAUUGGCAACUGUUGUUAGUGUCGGACACAGCAAAUUAUCCAUUGACAAGCAGCUCGGUAAAGGAAAUUACGGCGCAGUUUUUCUGUGCCUCGAUUUACAUUCUAAUAAGUCUGUAGCAGUGAAAUACCAAAAGCCGAGCCGACCUUGGGAGUUCUACAUUUGCCAAGAAAUAAAAGCAAGAAUAAAAGACCCAUUCAUGCUUCCAGGAUACAUGGACAUAACAACUGCUUUCUUAGGAGAUAAUGCCAGCUUAUUUGUGUCGGAAUAUUCGAAAUAUGGAUCUCUGUUAGAUGUCGCUAAUAAAAUCAGAGCUGCUACUUCUAAAUGUAUAAAUGAAUUUAUCGUCAUCCUACUAACAUCGGAGAUGUUGUCGAUAAUUCACUACUUACAUAAAGCUCAGAUCAUACAUGCUGACAUUAAGCCUGACAACUUUUUGCUGAUGAAGAUACCUACACAGGAAUGGAGAACCCCAUCUUUGCAACUGAUUGAUCUUGGCUGUGCAAUAGACAUGUCCCUGUUUCCUGAAGGGACUACAUUUAGAGAAUUGAUUGCAACAGAGGGUUUCACAUGUACUGAGAUGAGGGAAAGAAAACCUUGGACUUAUCAAACUGAUCUUUACUGCCUGGCGGGUACAAUACACGUCAUUUUAAUGGGCAGUUAUAUGAAAGUAGCUAAUCGGUUAGGACAAUGGAAUAUAGACAAGAAACUUCCAAGGUACAUGAAGGUUGGUUUAUGGGACAAGAUAUUUACAACACUACUAAACGUUCCGGAUUGUAACAAUUUGCCUGAUUUAAUGGAACUGAAAAAUGAAGUUGACAGUGUUUUGAAUGAAAUCGACAAUCUUGGCUCUCAGCUCCGCAACUUUGCUAAUGUGCUUAAAUCUAGGUAAAUUACGUAAACAAUCCAGAUUGUAUGUAUUUAUUGCAUUUAGUUAUAUGGCGAUUGUAAAAACUAGAUACCUAAAUAUGUAUUAUUAUAGUGAUACAAAAUAUAUCAAAGUUCGAUGAACUUUUUGAAUCUUUUGCCAGGUUGAACUUUGCUCUUCUCAAAAAGCAAUAAGUAUUAAAAAUACCAGAAUCUUAUAACUUAGUUAUAACAUGCCUUGUUGUGUUUAGUUAAAAUGUGAUAUUGUGAUUUUUAGGUUUUUGUUUUUGUAACGAAAUUGGCUUAGAUUAACUUUUAGCUUAACUAAUGUUAGGUUUCAUUUAUUUUUAUAAAACCCAUAAGACUUGCACAUUUCACAUUUCUUGUUUGAAUUGUAACAAAGAUAAUAAAUAAUUACCUGGUUGA